AUGGCCUACCAUCCGUUCCUACCUCACCGGGCGCCGGACUUCGCCAUGAGCGCGGUGCUGGGUCACCAGCCGCCCUUCUUCCCCGCGCUGACGCUGCCGCCCAACGGCGCGGCGGCGCUCUCGCUGCCGGGCGCCCUGGCCAAGCCGAUCAUGGAUCAAUUGGUGGGGGCGGCCGAGACCGGCAUCCCUUUCUCGUCCCUGGGGCCCCAGGCGCAUCUGAGGCCUCUGAAGACCAUGGAGCCCGAGGAAGAGGUGGAGGACGACCCCAAGGUGCACCUCGAGGCCAAAGAACUUUGGGAUCAGUUCCACAAGCGGGGCACCGAGAUGGUCAUUACCAAGUCGGGAAGGCGAAUGUUUCCUCCAUUUAAAGUAAGAUGUUCUGGGCUGGAUAAAAAAGCCAAAUAUAUUCUAUUGAUGGACAUUAUAGCUGCUGAUGACUGUCGAUAUAAAUUCCAUAAUUCUCGGUGGAUGGUGGCUGGUAAGGCUGACCCUGAAAUGCCAAAGAGAAUGUACAUUCACCCAGACAGCCCGGCUACCGGGGAACAGUGGAUGUCCAAAGUUGUCACUUUCCACAAACUGAAACUCACCAACAACAUUUCGGACAAACACGGAUUUCAAUGCAGCCCCGCCGCUAACCGAUCCAAUCCAUCCAAUCGCCAUUCCUCCUCCUCUAACCGCGUGCUUCGGCUCAUCUCCAACCCGAAAGGAGCGGGGAAACUGAGGCCUAAAGCGGUUGGCGCCAAGCGCGUGCGCGGGAAGCUGGCCAAGUUGCCGCAUGCCCGCCAGGCAGGGACACGGCGAGCGGAAACCACAGUCCCGGGCCUCCAGAGAGACGCGGGGAGCGUGGCCAAGCGCGGCGCAGGCACCUCUGGGCCUUGA